UUCCGAGUAUAUAAAGGUAACGAUUGCCUGCAAUCCUCUGUACAGUGAUGGUCUGCCUACAUAUUUUUACAAAGUGAAAAAAAAAACCGACAAUUGUUGCCCUGUAUAUUUGAUUGAUUCAACGAAAGGUGUAAUCAUGGAUAAAACGAUAUUGAUUCUACUGAUUGCACUAGCUGCAACUGCAUAUGCUGCACCACAAGGCAAUCCAAACCAAGAUAUAACGAUUGUCAGGGCUGAGGAGAACAACAGUAUUGGCGUUGGUGGUUAUCAUUUCAGUUAUGAGCAGAGUGACGGACAAAAGAGGGAGGAAACUGCUGAACUUAAGAACGAGGGAUCUGAGAAUGAGGCAAUGGCCGUAACUGGAAGUUUUGAGUACAGGGGACCCGAUGGCAAGACAUACAGGGUAGAUUACACAGCCGAUGAAAAUGGAUUCCACCCGACAAUUACGCUCGUAUAAAUUAGGGUCUGAUUGACGCCGCUUCAUGCUCUGGAGCAAUCGUCGGGCCCGAUGCCAUUGGUCGAAGGAUCAAGAAGUUUCUCUGAUGUAUUUUGUAUCUGUUUUUUUUUUGAUGGAGUCGAACAGAAUAGCUGCGAGGCUCUGUUGAUGGCAUUAAAAAAAUUUGAGCUAUU